GGGUGCAGAGCUGGGCUCGGGUCUUCCUCGCCUCUGCUGCGAGCCUGGGGUCCUUGGGUUGCCGCGCCGCAGAGGGUAGGCACGGUUCCCAGUGCCCUCGCCAGGCACCAUGGACUGGAAGACAUUCCAGGCCCUCCUGAGUGGGGUGAACAAGUACUCCACAGCAUUUGGGCGCAUCUGGCUGUCCGUGGUGUUUGUCUUCCGGGUGCUGGUGUACGUGGUGGCCGCAGAGCGCGUGUGGGGUGACGAGCAGAAGGACUUCGACUGCAACACCAGGCAGCCCGGGUGCACCAAUGUCUGCUACGACCACUUCUUCCCCAUCUCUAACAUCCGCCUCUGGGCCCUGCAGCUCAUCUUCGUCACGUGCCCCUCGCUCCUGGUUAUUCUGCACGUGGCCUACCGCGAGGAGCGGGAGCGGAAACACCGCCAGAAGUAUGGGGAACAGUGCACCAAGCUGUACAGCAACACAGGCAAGAAGCACGGCGGCCUGUGGUGGACCUACCUGCUCAGCCUCGUCUUCAAGCUCAUCAUCGAACUGCUGUUCCUCUACGUGCUGCACACGCUCUGGCACGGUUUUGGCAUGCCACGCCUGGUGCAGUGUGCCAGCGUGGCGCCCUGCCCCAACACUGUGGACUGCUACAUCGCACGGCCCACUGAAAAGAAGGUCUUCACCUACUUCAUGGUGGGCGCCUCAGCAGUCUGCAUCGUGCUCACCAUCUGCGAGAUCUGCUACCUCAUCUCCCACAGGAUCAUGCAAGGCCUGGGCAAAGACAAGCUUUCAAGGGGCAACGGCGCCUCCUCCUCCACCUGCCGCUGCCACCACAAGCUGGUGGAAGCUGCAGAACCGGGUCCCAACCUAAGCGAUGCCAAGGUGCAGGCUUCAGCCCCCAAGCUGACCCCCAUCUGACCACAGGCUGGGGAGCGGGGCCGAGAGGAGUUGCAGGGUAGAGGGCUCCUGGGGUGCUGGGCGCCUUCACUUGGAAUUCACUAAGCUAUCCAGUUUCAUUUGUGCAGACAUCUUCAGAUGCCAAGUUCUGUGCUCCCUACCUGAGUAGAGGUAACACCAAAGUCCUGGGAGGCAGACAUUUGAACAAGUAAAGUCACUAUACAUGUGAGGGUUUGCUUGGCUGUUUCUAGGGGGCUUCUCCCUAACUGCAGGGGGUGAUCUGUCCAGCUCGCCUGAGGAAACAGGGCUUGAGAGAUAAGAAGUGCUCAGGGGCAGAGAUAGCAGCAGGCAGGGGCCUGGGGCCGGGAGAGACAGACAUGCUUGCUCGCUCUGGGCUAGAAGCACUGGACCAAAGAGAACGUGCAUUCCCUGGGAAAAGCUGCUCAGAGUCCCCAAGUGGGAAGAAAGGUCUCCUCCAGCUCCGGGGAAUCUGCCUCAGAGUGAGCGUGGAUAGAGGCAGUGCGGGGACCCAAGCCUGCUCAGACACCCAGGGAUCCUCUGGAUCACAGCUUCCUUCAGUGGCAGCUCCCCUCCCCGAGACUCUCCCCCCAGCUCAGGCAGUGACGCUUCAGUCUUCCCUCCCAACUACCUGCAUGCAGCCUGGUGCUCUCCUGUUG